AAAGAUAAGAUCAUCUUCAUUACUCUCUCACUCCUCUCUUAUUUCUUCUCGCUCUACUUCUGUUUUGUACUUUCAAUUAGCAAGGAAACGACACCGUUUGUUCUGUCUUGCCUGAGUUUUCGAAAUGGAGUUUGAGGAUCAGGAAGAGCAAGACGAGGAGAUGGAGCUGCCGGCAAGUUACGACUCGCUAGGCAACACGGCCCCCCCGAUUUCAGGACCCGAAGCAAUUCUCUCCGCUGGUAUUUCGGGCCAGAAGAAGCGCAGGUACCGAGAGUGCCUGAAGAACCACGCUGUAGGAAUCGGAGGUCACGCAGUGGACGGCUGCGGCGAGUUCAUGCCGGCUGGAGCGGAAGGUACGCUCGACGGUCUAAAAUGCGCCGCGUGUAACUGUCACCGCAACUUCCAUAGAAAGGAGAGCGCCGAAUCUUGCGGUGAAAUCGUUCUCCAUCACCAUCACCAUCACCUCGCGCACCAUCAGGUCCCGCAAUUCACGCCCUACUACCGAACUCCAGCUGGAUACCUCCACGUGGCACCGAAGCAGCAGCAGCCGCAGUACAGGCCUCUGGCUCUACCUUCCUCGUCUGGCGGUGGAGGGAGUCACAGUAGAGGAGGAGACGAUCAAGAAGACAUGUCGAAUCCGGGAGUUUACCCCGGUGGAGUUUUGAGGAAGAGACACCGAACGAAGUUCACGCAGGAGCAGAAGGAGAAGAUGCUUGGACUGGCGGAGAGGCUGGGGUGGAGAUUACAGAAGCACAAUGAGGAGGUUGUGGAGCAGUUCUGUAACGAGACUGGUGUGAAGAGGCGCGUGCUCAAGGUGUGGAUGCAUAAUAACAAGCAUACUUUGGGUAACAAGCCCUAAGAAUAACUAAGAUUAAUGAAUGAAAUCAUCUCCAUCUCUUGAAUGUCAAUUUACAUAGAGUUUUCAGUGUUCUUCGAUUAAUUUUCUUUAGUGUGAUUGUAAUCGGUAGGCUUCUUUUAGGGUAGAUUAAGCUGAUGAUAUGAUAUUAUGUGUAUUUAGUUAUUCAGUGCAUGUUGAGAAUUUCUGGUUUAUUAGGGUUUCAGUGGACAUUAUUACACUUUGUUUUUAGCCCUGUGAGUGAGUGAGCUCAUUAAUGGUACCUAUAUAUGUUGAGGUUAUCAGUCUAUGAUCAGUACUUGCAUUACUUUGUCCGAUCGGGACUUUGAGCUUUGACCCAUGACAUGGUUAAGUUAGUUGGUUGGAUCUCUCAGCGCAUGUGCAUAAGAGGUCGCUAACACUCACUCUGACACGAUUUGACAUUAUUUCUAUAAUGGGAUUUGGCCCAGUAUUUAAUCAAUCCAUAUGGUUUGUGA